GAAAAAUAAGCUUUCGCAAUGGCGUCUUCAUCUCAGAAAUUGACCGGUGCUUGUUUCGUCGUGCUUCUCAUCAUCUUCGUCUACGCUCUCACAGUGACGAAUCUCCAGAACAACGAAAUCUCUCGAUCGAGGAAGCUGAAAACAGAGGAUUCGCAGAGCUCUAACAGUUCAACAAUGGCGAUCAGACUUGAAGGUGUUGAAUUGAAUGAACACGCAGUUGCUGAUCCAGACCAGGUUGCACAUGAGGUCUCUACGCUCGUUCAGAUGAGCGAACAGAACAUCACCGCAAGGAGGAAGCUUGGUUUCUUGUCAUGUGGGAACGGGAAUCCAAUAGACGACUGUUGGCGUUGCGACCGUAACUGGCACAAGAACCGUAAACGACUCGCGGAUUGUGGGAUUGGUUUUGGUCGUAACGCCAUUGGUGGUCGUAAUGGGCGUUUCUAUGUCGUCACUGAUCAAACCGACGAGGACGUUGUGAACCCCAAGCCCGGAACUUUACGCCACGCAGUGAUCCAAGACGAGCCACUUUGGAUCGUCUUCAAAAGAGACAUGGUGAUAGAGUUGAAACAAGAGCUGCUCGUGAACAGUUACAAGACCAUUGAUGCUCGUGGUUCUAACGUCCACAUCGCAAAUGGUGCUUGCAUCACCAUCCUGCGUAGGACGAACGUCAUCAUUCACGGCCUGCACAUUCACGAUUGCAAAAAAACUGGUAACUCAAAAGGAAUGGCUGAUGGUGAUGCUGUGUCAAUAUUUGCUUCAAGAAAUGUCUGGAUCGACCACAACUCUCUCUCUAGCUGCGAGGAUGGUCUUGUUGAUGUUAUCAUGGGAUCCACUGCCAUUACCAUAUCCAAUAACCAUUUCACACACCACAACGAGGUUAUGUUGCUAGGCCACAAUGAUUCGUACACACAAGACAAGCUGAUGCAAGUGACCAUUGCGUACAACCAUUUUGGAGAGGGGCUUAUUCAGAGAAUGCCAAGGUGUAGGCAUGGAUACUUCCAUGUCGUUAACAACGAUUACACACACUGGGAAAUGUAUGCUAUUGGAGGAAGUGCAAACCCAACUAUAAACAGCCAAGGCAAUAGAUAUGCAGCUCCCAAAAACCGCUCGGCCAAGGAGGUGACAAAAAGGAUUAAGACAGAAACAAGUGAAUGGAAGAACUGGAACUGGAGAUCAGAAGGAGACAUGCUAGUGAAUGGUGCGUUUUUCAUACCAUCAGGGGAAGGAGCAUCAGCAAGCUAUGCACGUGCCUCGAGCUUAACGGCUAAACCAGCCUCAAUGGUCGACUCAAUCACUUCUACUGCAGGUGCACUUGGUUGCCGCAGAGGCAAGCCAUGCUAAUAAUCUCUCUCUUCUUCUCUCAUACUAUUUAGUAGUUUCAGUACACAACAAAGCCUAACCCCUUUUCACACGUAUUACCAAGUGUGUAAAGUUUUUUGCUUUUUUCUUUUUCCAUGGUAGAGAAUUUGGUUAACCUCGGCUUGCUUCUCCUUGACAAGAGAGCAAGGACAAGAAGCGUUGAUCAGUUCUCUAAGCCUAACCAUUUGGUUUUGGGGUUUAGGAGGUCUUCUUUUUAAUCGAUAUCACCCCAUUCUGGUACUUGGUUUUUAGUUAAUGAUUGUAGUGAUUAAGAAUACAUUUACUAUGAAAAGGCAGUUAAA